UUUUAAAUACACAAUGUCUCUAAUUUUUUAAGAUGUAGGAGCUUCUAAAAAUAAAUUUGUGGAAUCAUAAUAGCCAGCUCAAUGUAAUAUCUGAAGAGCUCUUUUCUGAAGUUUAAUCAUAGAUUUGUUUUAAAUGUAUUUGCACAAAUUUCAGCAUAGUAAGACAUUUAUGGGAUUACAAGCAACCUUUUCACUAUACGCAGGCUGUGUUCUCUCUCUGUGCACUAAAUCUUGACACCAUAAUUGCGAAACACAGCUGGGUGGCCGGUGGCGCCCCCCCUGCUGCUCCUCUGCUCCCACUGCAGCUCACAGCCAGUCACCAAAACCCCAAACCGUCCAGAGCUCCAGACUCACUGCGCGUCCGGAAAAUGCCGCUUUGAAAGGGCCCUCUGUGAGAUCACAGAUGUACUAAUUAGUUUUAGUAAAGAGACAAACGUUAGAGGCACAAGCUGUGCAGUAACUGUGAAUAAACGGGUCUGUACAAACACUCGACAACGAUGAAAUCUUGCAUAAACUGCUGCACUGGUCUCAUUUGCUGGUCAGUGGGUCAUCAAACAUCCUGCAAACAUAAAGAGAUGUGAAAGAGAUAACGUGCACUAAUUGGUUUCAGAUUAUUCAUGUUUUUGAAAGUUCUUCCUUAAGCUGUGAAUAAAAAUGAUUUUAUUGGUUUUAAACCAUCCAAAGGAACGAGCUCGCUAUGUUCUUAGAAAUGUAGUUUCUGCAGAGUGAAUUUAAAAAUGAUCAGUUUCGCUGCAGGGCUCUGUGAGGCCGGUCUUAUGACUGUUCUGAUUGUAAUGGCGUGAACGGAGAACGGACUGUUUUCAGAUGACUAGCAGACAUGUGCUGAGGUUACAAGAAACUAUAAAGAGACAAUUAUCCCCAGCGGUCCAUUUCAUUUGCAAACAAACCAGCGUUUCAUGAGCUGCAGGAGGAAGAGGCGCUUCAGAGCGGAACAUUAUUGCACAUCGGGCUUGGAGGUGUGAGUCUUAUGCUCACUGAGGUUGUUGGCUGUCGUGUCGCUCGUUGCUGUGGUGCUGUUGUUGCUGUUUAGACUUAAGUAAGACUUGAGUAAAAUGAGUAAAUAUAACAGUGAGCUGACUCAGAGGGAGCAGGAUUUACUGAAAGUCCGCCGGGACAGCGACACCAAGGCCGCCGAACUUUCCAAAAUGGAGAAGAUGCUGCAGCAGACCAAGAACCUAAUGGACAACAAGCCGGAGUCUGGUUCAGAGAGCAUGGGCUACCAGGACAACAUGGUGGAGGACCUGGAGGAGAAGGUGCGCUCCAGCCGACGAUACAGGAGAAACUCCCUCCAUCACACACAGAUGCUGGAGAGCCAGAUGAAGACGGUGAAAGGUGAGCUGGACGGCACGCUGGACCACCUCCAGGAGCUGAGAAACAAACUGCGCCGCUCGCAGCAAAAAGCAGAGGAGAGAAAGGUUGCGAUGGAGAAGCUGGCGGCGGGACUCAGGUGAAGGUUUCGACCUUUUUCAAGCUUCAAUUCACCAACUGAUCUGACGCCCUGCAUCCUGCCAACAGACGUGCAGAAUUAACGGAAAAGACCGCACCCAUAGGCCUACGUAGAAGAAAGAGACUUAAGCAUCUUAACUCGAAGCCACUGUGUGGCAUCCAGAGACUUAACGGAGAAGACUUUAUUUGUGGUAUUUCACACCCCGCCUCCAGCAGACACUUAAAGUAGCUUCCUUUUCUUCACAGUUUUCACGCUGCUCUUAUUUAUCCUUUAAAAUGGGCUCAGUUUAUUUCAAAUUCAUGGGAAGAGGGCGGCAAGUGACUUAAAAACAAACACUGAAAACUAAACAAAUAACAACCAGAAUGAAAAAACAAAUCUUGACAUCA